CAGUGUUGGGUCGUCGGAUGAGCCCAAUUCACGUAACCAUUAUUAUUUUGUUGUAUGAUUUGCAAAAUAACUCAGUGUCACUAGUGGAAAAAAAAAAAAAAAGAAAAUAAAAAAGAAAAAAAAAAAGCACCUGUCUUACGACAACUAAAACUUUUUUCUAUUGCACCAUCCCCGUAGGAUAUUUUGUAUAUUUUUUUUAACAAAAGAACAUCGAUUAACACAUCUGUCUUAAUCGAAUCUAUAACAGCAACUUACGGCUCGUUGGUCUAGGGGUAUGAUUCUCGCUUCGGGUGCGAGAGGUCCCGGGUUCAAAUCCCGGACGAGCCCAAGCACGUAUUUUUUUUUUUUUUUCUUUUUCUUUAUAUCCAAUAAUUCUAAAGUAGUUUUUCUUUUGUUCAAAUUGUUAAAUAAUACGAAUGAAACGAUAUUAGUAUUAUUUGACGUAAAAUAUGUGAUUGAUGGCAACGAUUAUAUUAUGUAGGUUAUUGUAUUUGAAUUGAUGUAUGUUAUACGAGUUUUUGUUGAUAGAACAUGGCGCAGGUUUGGAAUCCGUCAAAGAAACACAGCGAGUUUGCAAGAUGGAUAUGCAUUUAUCCCGUGUAUAUAAAUAGUAAAAAGACUUUGGCUGGUGGUAGAAAAUUGACUAAAGAUAAGUGCGUUGAGAAUCCUACCGCACAUGAAAUUUUGGAUGUACUUCAAGCGACAGGCUUUAAUGCUCGUUUGGAAAAUAAAUUACAUCCACGUGAACGUAGUAAAGAAAUGCCGUAUUAUGGACGUGUACGUGUACAAUUGAAACAAGACGAUGGGACACCAGUAAGACCUGAUUUUCCUACUAGAGAUUCCCUUUUGCUUCAUCUUGGUGCUACAAUACCAAAGUUGAAGACUCGUCAAGGGAAGCAAGCUUCUGGCGAUCAAUCUUCUCAGUCAUCUGCUUCUUCAUCUAAAAAAGGAAAGGGUAAAGGGAGAAGAUAAUAAAGGGUUGAAAAGAUAUUGCUAUGUAUUAAUAAAUAUUUUUCUUAUUUAUUUAAUAACAAAUUUUGUAACGUUCCAUGUAACAUAUAAAAACAAAUUUCAAUAUAAUAUACAUUCUGUUAUAACGUUAAUCAAGUUUAUAUUGCAUAUUUAUAAAUAGUAUGCUAUGAAAAAAAGCUCUACGAAGAUAAUAAUGUAUCAAGUUUAAGAAAAAUUACUUGAUAUUAUUAUUUUGUAAAAAAGAAAUCAUUUAUAUCAUUUACAUGAUUUCUUUUUUAAAUUUCUUAUAUAAUUUUAUUCUUACUUUUCAUAAAAUUCCUCUUAUUGGAAUUUUAUUCUAUGAUAAAAGGAUCAUUUCUAUUUUAACUUAUACCUUCUAUGGAAUUUCUUGUAGUUCUAUCAUUAAAAUCCAUAUUAUUAUCUUGAUUAUUAGAAGUAACUGUAGAUGUUUCGAAAGCAUCGGUGUAUUCAUUAUUACUCAAAUAAUUAUUAUUUUCACAAUUUGAAGAUUCACGUGAUUGUGAUGAGUUAAUUAUUUCUGAUUGUGACGUAGAAUCUAUUUCUUGUGGUAUUAUGUUUACAGGUUGAAGAAUAUAAGUUAUAGGCAUGGUAUUGAAAUGGCCAUCAUUGGGGUAUUGCUGUGAAGGGUACAUUGACAUAAAAUAUUUUUGGUUAUAUGGAAUACUUUGAAAAUUUGUAGGAGAUAUAUUCGUUCCUUGAAUGGGUGACAUUGAGUUCGUAGAUUUUUUUGUUUCAGAUGGUAUUUGAAUGUUUCCUUGUGUAGCAAUUUCCUGAAAAUAUUAUUUAGUUAUCCUCAUAUAUUAUUAAUGAAAGAAAAAAAUAUUUUUCACUUACAGAAUUUGCUGUAGGAGUUUUUUCAUUUUCAUUAGUAGAACUGACAAUAGAAUUGACUUGUUUAAUAUCACUUCUCUAAAACAAUUGGUAUUCUUUAUCAAUAAUUGAAUUCUGAUAAUUAUAUACAAAUUAUGUAUGUAUAUAUUCUACUUACAACAUUAUUUUUAUUAAUAACAUCUUUGUUAUUACCAUAAUCCAAAGAAUAUACAGUAGGAUCUGCUGUAACAAAGUGCUUGAAAAAAGUACCUAAUAUACUUUCGUUUUCAGGUUCUUUAACUAUUCCUGCCAAUGCAUUGGAGAUAUGUUUUAAUAAAUUUGAACGUGAUCGAAUUUUUGAUAGCAACUUUGUAUCCACUAAAUUAUCUCGUAGAGUUCCAUGCACAAUAUCAGUUGGUUUAUUUAAUAUAUUUCUUGGUCCUGUUACAGUAGCAUAUCUAUCGCUCAUAACAUACGGAUUUAUUACAACAGGUGUAAUAGGCAUUUCAUGCGAUAAGAAAUACGUAGGAUUGUAUGGAUUAUAUGGAACACCAAUAAUAGCAUCAUUGUAGCUUCGUUUAGAAUAAUUUUCUGUAAUCGAUGGUUGCUCAGCAGGCAUUUGAUUGUCAGGUUCAUUUGAAUUACGAUAUGAAUUUGUUGAUGAAUACUUAUCACUUUUACAUUCUUCUUCUGCAUUUAUAUUUUGAUUAGCUGCUUGAACAAAAUAAGCAUGACCAUUUGCUGGUCCAUCAUUAACAAAGUAUGUGACUAUACGAUCAGCAUCAUCUAUUAUGUUAUAUAAAAAUCAUUAGAAAUUUUAUUCUUAACUUAUUAUUUGUUUAUGUUACUAAUAAGUUAUAUCUUACGAUGUCUCAUGUGUUUCCUUGAUCUUAAUGCACAGCGCAUUGUUCGUUCUUCAUUAGUAAGAUCAUUAGAAUAUGAAAUAGGAUCAACAUAAUCUAUUUGCCUGUUUUCACGAAUUACAUUUUUUGCAUCUAUAAUAAAAUAUACAAUUGAUUAUAUA